GUGCUGUCACAUGUGGAGCUGAUCUGCUGAUGUGAAUUGUGAAGAGGAGUGGUUGCUGAAAUAUGGAGGAGUUAACAGAGAGCCAGCUGGUAGUUCCUUAUGACCCUUUGUUCCAAGUGAAUAAAUGGAUAGAGCAAGAGAAUGAAGGCUCCACUGCACCAGUACCUCCAGUCAUAAUGUGUCUAUCAACAGUCAGCUCAGACUGUACACCUUCUUCCCGGUACGUUGACUAUGGAGGCAUUGAAGAUGGAGGAUUCCCAUUUUACACCGAUUCUACCAGCAGGAAAGUUAAGGAGCUCACAUCAAACCCAAAAGUGUCAGUGGUUAUUUUUCUCGCAAAGUUUUCUCAUCAGAUUCGCAUAGAAGGGAUAGCUAAGGAACUGGGGAAAGAAAGAGCUCAGAAAUACUUUGAUAGUUUGGAUAGAAAGCGUCAAAUCACCCUCCUACUGGGCCAACAGGAUAAACCGAUAGCUAGCAAAGAAGAAUUGGUCGAGAGAAGAAAGAAGAUAGCAAUGGAAUAUAGCGAUCCUUCAGUUCCUGUACCACUGCCAGAGAAUUGGAUGGCCUACACUGUGAUACCUCACUCCAUUGAGUUGUUCCAAGGAAGUGAGGAUUGGCUUGCUGACCGACUUGUUUUUAAAAAAGAAGGUAACAAGUGGAAUCUGCAACGACUCAUGCCUUGAAUUUAUUAAUUAACCAAAAACUAUAAUUGAAAAUCAUGCCUUUUAAAAAUAGUUUCCUUAUUUUGCUUUUUUUAGAUUUUAGAUAUAAAUUAUAA